CAGAAGGCCUGCAUAUCAAUUCGGGUCAUUGGGUCAUUAAGCUUCACUGCAGGUUUGCGAGAAAAUCAGUCGUUAGCCAUUGUCGUCACGCGUCUAAAGCCUUCGUCAAGGAACUGCAUUCGGACCCGUCAACCCGUCGCGCGAGCAUGGUGCUGUCAUAGGUGAGUAGAUUCGGUCAAUUGGGCUUUUUUUGAUGGUUUCUCACGUCGCUAACAUCCAAUGGCAGCAGAAAAUCGAAGUCUCCUUUUUCCAAACACCCCAAAAAAAAAACCGCGAUCAUGCCACCACACCCCCUCCACCCGAGGUCGCGCAUGACCUCUUCACUCUUUGCAACCACGGUUGUCGCAAGCUUCUUCGUAGUCGGCAUGCCGCAUCUGCUGCCAUGUCCAGCACCGAGAGUCACAUACGCCGACGGAGAGAUUGUGGUGGGCGAGGACGGCCGCCGAAGGAGGCGCCGCCGUCGCGAGGCAGCCCCCGAAAUCAAUGACGGCGUCGUCAGCUUCAAUCAGAUGAGCGACGAGGAAACGAUACGAGCAAGAGAAGAGCGAUUGAGGAGGGAGUGCCCAGUACCGAAACCUGGCGGCAUCUUGGGCGAGUGGUUAGGAUUCCACGGGCCGAGCAAAGCGGAAGAUAGCAGAGCGGGAAGGUGACGACGGCAGAUGAACAUAUGUACAACUCAAAGAUACCAUUUACGAUCAACAGUGCGGUCCCGACGGCGUAGAAUGUGCGAUUUCGAUAGACGAAGUACCACGCAGGAGAUGGUCAAGGUGAUAAGCGUGCAAUCACUCAGCAAGCAAUUGUUCGGCCGAAUCUAGAGGAGAUGAGUUGAGGACACCCGCCUACGCCAGUAAAAAAAAAGGAGUUCACCCCUCGGUGCUGAGUUGGGGCUACAUCUCUUGAUGGUCAUGCUGGGAUUCGAACUCGGGUACUCGCUAAGCCUGUCGUCGAGUAGGCAGGCUGGUUGGUGUGAAUAAUUGAUUACUGACCAUUAACCAUUCCGCCGCC